UCUCUACUCUCUAUUAUCACACUCAAAUCCAGGGUUUCAAAAAGUCCACAAUUUUAUUUCAACAGAUUUCUCUGAAUCGAAGAACAUCUUUACAAUCAAAUGGCUGCUGCAAUAUACAGUCUUUUCAUUAUCAACAAAUCCGGGGGUCUCAUUUUCUACAAGGAUUAUGGAUCAGCAGGAAGGAUGGAUACAAAUGAUAGUUUGAGAUUAGCAAGUUUAUGGCAUUCAAUGCAUGCAAUCUCACAACAACUAUCACCGGUUUUAGGUUGUCAAGGGAUUGAACUUCUUGAAGCUGAUACUUUUGAUCUUCAUUGUUUUCAAUCACUUACAGGAACAAAGUUCUUUGUCGUAUGUGAACCAGGGACACAACACAUGGACGCUCUACUAAAGAUCAUUUAUGAACUGUACACAGACUAUGUUUUGAAAAACCCUUUUUACGAGAUGGAGAUGCCAAUUAGGUGUGAACUCUUCGAUAUCAACCUCAUACAAGCCAUCCAGAAAGAUCGCGUUGCUUUGCUUGGUCGAUGAAUAAAACCUUGUCUAAUUUAGUUCUAGUUGAUUGUUUAUAAUAUACAGGCUUGGAUAUCUCAAAGUUUGUGUGAACAAUUUUUCAGUUUGAAUUUCUGUCAGGAAUUUAAACACCACCCAUCAAUUUUCCUUCAAUUUUCAGAUUUGAUGCUACUGUAUUUUCGUUAAAUAUUCACAUGUGCACAUUCUCAAGUGAAAUACUGUAUAUGUUGUCUUUAUGGUUGCAUUGGCAACUGCACACAAAUUUACCUUUUGUGGUCGAA